UUAAUCAUUUUCGGCCAGUACCCCUCCAGCAAGAGCAAGGAAGCUCUCAAAUCUCUCACCAUUGUUGAAGGAAGCUCCAACAAGAAGGAAAACGUUUAAGUUCCAAAAGUGUGCAAAACUUGAGGAAGGGCUAGGAACUUGAUUAAAGUAUUUUUGAACUUCGCCGGAGUUUCGCUGGAGUUGGUCAAAGUUCGCCGGAGUUGGUCAAAGUUCGCCGGAAUUAGUCAAAGUUCAACCGGGGAGCGUAGAACGCGCUUAAGCUCACUUAAGUUUCAGGUAGAACUUGAAGGUUGCUACCACCGGCUGCUGUGUUCGGGAAGAUUCAGGAACAAAGACUUGGUUCGUGCUUCUACCGUUCUUGUUUUGGAAAAAAACAAUAUGAAUAAUGCUCAUGGAUAUUAUUUUCUGAAUAUACAUUUCAGGUGCUUGUAUGCCCAUGUUUGCCAAGUGUGGCUUGAACACUUGAAAUAUUACUUCCGCUGUCUUUAAAUUAAUAUUUUACAUUAUGUUUGUUUAUGGAUGUACUAUGUUUGAAUGAUAUUCCAGACGCCUUGUAUAGUAUUGAUGUGUUGGACUGCGGUUGACUAUUCGUACUGUACGGCGGAUUGCUGACGUGUCCGGGUAGGUCCGGGGCGUGACAAUUGGUGUUCAUUUGUAUAUGUUUUAGAAAGUGAGAAAAGUGUGUGAAGAGUAAAAUACACUUAGAGUAGAAGUGUAUUGGUGAGGAUUGGUUUUUUGUAAUAGUUGAGUUUGAGAGUUUGUUCCUCCUAUUGUAAUUCUGUUCCUGAUAUUGAAUAGAAGAAUUUUCCAAUCCCAACAACUCGUAAUCAGGAAUGCAACGCUUUGGCAGUCGUGGCUAGUCUUAUGCUGUUGUUUCUGGUCGACGGGCAAGGGUAGACAAAAGAAAGGCGGAUAAGUUGAGGCGAAGCUUGGGUUCGAUUCAGCAACAAGAGAUAUCAAUGGAGGAUAUCGUCAAUCAAUACAAAAGCAUGGCUAUUGAGGCGGGUGAAUGGCAGGCUCGUCCCCCUCCCGAGCCGCCGCCAUGGAGUGCAAGAGGGUCUAGAGUUUGGAAGAAGAUGAGUGAAUUUUGUUUUAAUUCCAUUUUAUUUUAUUUGUGUUUUUCUUUCGAAUUGCAUGUUGUUUUGGGUGUGUUCUUAUUUCCUAGCAGAAAGAUUCUAGAAUUUAGGUCAAGUGAUGAGAAGUAUGGUUUGCCUAUCAGGCUAUCAUUGGCUCAGUAUAGGGGUGGAUCGGGCCCGGGUCGGGCCUGGAUGAGAUUUUGGUUUGGGAAAUCAGGCCCGUGAUCGGUCCGGUCCGCCAAAUAUCCAUCCCGUAGCCCGCCUCAAACACCCCCCGGUUUGGGCGUCAAGGCCCGUUUCGGGCCGGUCCGAACCGGCCCAGUCCAUGCCUAGCUCAGUAAGCCCAUUGCAAGAUCAGUGAAUUUUAUUGCUUCUACAGAGGUGAUAGAUUCUAAGUCUUGUUCAAGGGCGGACGACAAACAAAAGACUUUUCAUCGUUUUGUUUCCUGCUUUUUUUUUCUGAUUGUAUUUUCAGCCAAGUGAUGAACAUUUUAUUGAUUUAAUA